GUUCCGUGGCUGUGCGUCAGGUGUCCGGAGUUUUCCCUUUCCUCUCACCCCGUGUCUGAAGUAUUUCUGCACCUUAUAGGAUACACCCCCAGGGAAGAGAUGCGAGGGAGGAGAGCGAGGAGAGACCUGUAGCUCCACAGAAAGCACACACACACACACACACACACACACGCACACAGAGAGAGACACCCCUCCGCCACGCUGCCUGCACUGCGAUCUUUUCUUGUUCUUCACAAGUUAAAAGGUGCCAUCCGUGAAAGCUGCACGUCCCACCACAGAGUCAUCAUGUACACUCCGAGAAAAGAUGAUAUUUACGCGUAUGCCUUGUCCAAGACCCUGACAAAAGUUUCAUCACCUGCAACUGUAGGGCUCUACUCUUCGUGUCAGAAUCGAAUUAACAUGAUCCUCGGACAAAUGGAAGUGUACAUGGAAGAGGAGGCUGUUAGGAUUGAGAAGGAAUACAAAGGAAGGCCUCGCUCAGUUAAGCCUUCAUUUACAGGCUUUCUGACGCUCAUUGGCCGACUGCUCUUCUACAGGCCCAUUUGGACCAAGGACAACCAGCAGCACCAUGACAUCAGGUUCAUUUAUGUGCAUUUUAGUGCCUGGCAUUUUGCAGGCAGUGACCUACUUUGGGCCGGGCUAGCCAUACGACUGUUUCAGGCCAUGCAGAUAAACUUUGGGAAGUUACAGCUUGUACUGUACCGUGUGGCUCAACAUGACGAAGAGGAGGAAAUCAAGAAGAAGAUAGUGGAGAAUGGUACUGAUCAUUGGAGGUCCAAGAAGAUUUGCUGCUGCCCUCUGUGGUUUCUCGUCCUAUCCAUUCUUGUGGUACCAGUUAUCCUCCUGGUAUUCCUAUUCAUAUUUGGGCUACCCAAACCUGAGGUGAUACAAGGCGAGGAGGUGAAUGAAACAAAUGGUCAGUUGGGUAUGCUGGAGGGCCUGGUCAUUGCCGCGUUAGGACUCCCUGCAGCGAGCGCAUUGAGGUUUACCUUUCUGAUGGGGAAGAAUCUCAUCUUCACCCAGGACCUGAACAUUAAGAAGGGGAUGGACAAUGAGCAGGUUAGCAGCAAACUGGGCUUCAUGAAUGAGGUGAGGAAGGAAAUGUGGUUCCUGUCUUGCUUCAUCCAGUUUAUGGAGGUGUUUGAGAGGAGAAGGAUACGAUUGGUGUUGAAGAUCACCAAUCUGGACCGGUGUGCCCCCAAGAAAAUUGUUGCAGUUCUGGAAGCUAUCGACAUUCUGCUUUCAGAUGAGGAGAGUCCGUUUAUUUCCAUUCUGGCAGUAAACCCAGAUGUUCUUGUACAGAAAGUGAAUUUUGCAGACGGAUGCUUCAGCAAAGAGGACAGAGCUCAUGCAUUGUUGAACCGCAUAGUGACUUUGGCCUUCACGGUCCCACCACUGUGCGAUGAUUCAAAGCGCAGUUUAUUUUACAGCCUCACUAGCAAUUCAAAAUUCCCUGAGGAUUUGAGCAUGGGGAAAGAUAAACAUAGAACCAGGGAACGCAAAAAGACAUCUUCCUCAAAUGCAACAGAAGUACGUAUUGCACUAGAAGAGUCAAAUCCACUGAUCAGUAAAACUACAGCAGAACUGGAUGUAAAUGAAGGGGAAGUAGAGACACUGGUCGGGAGCAUCCUGACCAGCAAUGAACGAGCUAUAAACAAGUACAUGUUAGAUGAUGCCAUGUAUAUGAGGAGGGUGAUCAACUCCAUUCGAGUGACUGUGAUAAUCAUGAAGGCCUUGAAAAAAGAGCUUCCUCAACCAGAAUACAUUGCUGCAUGGGUGGUCUUAGCUAAUCAGUGGCCCUGCCGACUCAGCUGGAUCAUCCAGUGUGCAGAAGAUGCUCAGCAAAGAGCAGAUAUUGAUCGAAAGAAUGUGGCCAACACUGAUGAUUCGAAGACCUUAUGGAAAGUCUUCAGUGAGUCCAGGGCAGAGCUGUAUGUAAUGAGUGCACAGAUUGAGGACCUCCUCGAGCAGGACGGAGAUCCUGAGAUAUUUGAAAGAUUUCUCACUAUAGAUUUCCGAUUCACCGUAAAGGACUUGAAGAUAUUUGAAGUGGCGACGGUAAAUCUGGAUCAUACAGUCAAGAAGGAGCUGGCUCAGAUCAGAGGGACAUCCAGGCUGAAAGAUUCUGGUUGGAUGAGGGACCUAGCUCCUCUGCCUAUCACAACUAUCAUCAAUAUGGAUACAGAGGAUGUAUGCAAAGAGUUGGAGAGGAUGAAAUACCCCACCAAAUAUAUUGAGAUAGUGAAAUGCAAUGACCUCAAUGGUUCGGCACUGCUCUUUGGUAAUGCAGACGACCUUAAAGACCUCCUCGGUAUGACCUUUGGGGAAUGGGCAACUUUCAGACUGCAUUUCCUGGGUUUACCAUCACAUCUCCGACCACAAUACAAGAACAUGCCGCUGGCACCUUCUCAUCCUCAGAACCAGCUUUUGAGAAUUUCCAGACAUGUUCGCCAUCAUUACUCGUCUAAUCCCAAUGCGGUGACCAGCUUUACGUAGCAAUCCAAUCUGUUAGCAGUAAAUCUGAAAAUUAUGUUCUGUAUGUGAAAUAUUUAAUAGCAAUAUUUACAGUAACAAAACACUAUCUGUGCAUAAAAAUAAUAUACAAAAAGAGAUGUGUGAUUGAAAAUGUAUGCUAAAAGUCUCAGUGCUACUAAUACAUAAUUAAAGAAAUAGUUUGACAUUGAGAAGAUGACAGAUGAGAAUAUUAUUACCACUCUCUUGUCUCCAUGCUAAAUAUGAAGCUAGAGCCAGCAGGUAAUUAUCUUAGCUUAGCUUAA